AUGUCCUGGCUGGGCUCGUGGCUCAGUGAGGUCCAGUGGCUAAUCCUGGUGUCGCUCUUCGUCGUGGCCCUGGUCACGGUGGGCCUGUACCUAGCGCAAUGGGUGCUAGCCAGAGCACGACCUCGGCCCCAGCGGCGGCCGGAGGAGCUUGGCGAGGGGCAGCGCCCUGAGACGGAUGCCCUGCUGACCUGGAUCCUGACGCUGAACAGCUGGCGGAGCCAGUGGCUAGCAGCCUGGGUGAUGUCUCUGAACGAUGAGGCCAAAAGGAAAGCGGGCCCUCUGCUUCUCACCUUUGAGGAGGACCCAUUACAGCAGCCCCUGGAGCUGGCAGUCCAGCAAGUCUCAAGCGUGGCCAGGUCCGCCCAGGAAAAGGUGGUCUCUUGUGAUGUGGUUGGCGAAGCUGUUCAGUUCAUCGUUUCUGCAGUGCCUGCUUCCCCCGAAGGUGAAGGGUGCCGGCUCUAUGAUGUCCGACUCUCCCCAUUUCGUUUACAGCUGGAGCUGCACAUGCAGGAAAAGAGAGAAGACAUCCAGAUCAGGUGGUCCUUCAUCAGCAUGCCGGAAAUGGCCAUUCACAUCCAGCCCAAAGCACUGCGGGAGGACAAGCUGAUUGAGACCAGUACAAUAUCUGAAACUCUCAAGGAUCUCUUGAAGCAUCUGGUUAGCUCUGCUUCCCCAUCAGUGGUUCUGAGCACAAAGCCCAUGGGUGUCAAGGAAGUUCAGACUCUACAACACGCUUCCACUGCUCCUCAGGAAUCUUGCCCUCCCAAACCACCACGGGCUCAUGAGCUAAAACUGCUGGUGAAGAACAUCAAAGCCUCGCUGCUAAGUGACUCUGGUGCUUCAGACCACAUGCGCCCAGUGUGCACAGCUCAGCUGAACGACCCCAUCCAGAGCUUCUCCAGCUCGCCAGCAAAAAACACUACUGACCUCACUUGGGAAGAAGAGUUCACCUUUGAAUUGAACGCCAAGUCAAAGGAGUUACAGUUGCAUCUUUCAGAGGAUGGAAGAUCCUCAGAAGGUCUGUUUGCAAUGACGAUAAUUCCUUUAGAUUUAUUUAAGAAGCAGCCUUCUGGACCACAGAGCUUUAUGUUGACCAAUGGGCCCACCAUGGGUAGCCCGGUGGUGGGCUCCAUCACUGUGGAGUUUUCUUACGUAGAACCCACUGAAUGGAAGCCCUGGCCAAUCCCUGCCCCCUUUCCUGCUACGAAGAUAGAGAAGGACCGCACAGUGAUGCCCUGUGGGACCGUAGUCACAACGGUGACUGCUGUGAAAACCAAGCCUCGUUUCGAUGUGGGGAGGGUGACCCCGCUGAGCCCUGAGUCUCCUGUGAAAAUGCCCGUGAAAGUGAAGGUGAUCGAAAAAGACAUCUCUGUCCAAGCCAUCUCCUGCCACAGUGCCCCCGUCAGUAAAACUUUCUCUUCUUCAGACACGGAAUUGUUGGUGUUGAACGGUUCGGAUCCAGUGGCAGAAGUUGCCAUCCGACAGCUUAGUGAAUCUUCAAAACUGAAACUGAAGUCGCCUCGGAAGAAAAGCACGAUCAUCAUCUCGGGCAUCUCCAAGACCUCCUUAUCUCAGGACAAUGAAGCCGCCCUGAUGCUGGACUACGCAGCCUCCAUGGACAGUGAGCAUCAGGAAGAAUCCCUAUCCCACCUGGAGGCCACCGUCGCCACCGUCCCACUCGAGGAAGACCCACCUGUGCAGGCCGUACCUGCCCUUGAUCCCCAGGAGAAUGAACUUGACUCCUGGGACUUGGAGAAGGAGGCUCAGGACGAUGCAGAGUGGGACAGACAUGUCCUAGUGGACCCUGAUGGGGAUGAACUGUCAGAAAGCUCCCUGAGCACCUCGGAGCCAGGUGCUGCCAAGAAGCACAAAGGUGGAAUUUUAAGGAAAGGCGCAAAGCUGUUCUUCCGCCGGCGGCAUCAACACAAAGACCCAGGCAUGAGCCAGUCCCACAAUGACCUCAUGUUUCUGCAGCAGCCAGAAGGUACCAGGAGGAAGGGGAUGACCCUCAGUAGGAUCCUGAACAAGAGGCUGCUGUCGAAACACAGAAGCAAGAGCACCAUGAAUGGUGCCCCUGUGGAGCCUUGUGCAUAG